AUGGAUGGGGACAAUUGCACUAUGGUGGAUGAGUUCAUUCUUGCGGGAUUCACAAAUCAAUCCAAGCUGCAGAUCACCCUCUUCAUUGUCUUCUUGCUGAUCUACAUUAUCAUUGUGAUGGGAAAUAUUGGGAUCAUUGUAAUUGUGAGGACUUGCUCUCAGCUUCAGACGCCAAUGUAUUUCUUCCUUAGCAACUUAUCCUUCCUGGACCUGUGCUAUUCCUCUGUCGUAACACCCAAGAUGCUAGUGAGUCUUUUAUCUCAUAGGAAAACAAUCUCCUACUCUAGCUGUUUCACCCAGUUGUUUUUUUAUAUUAUUGGUGCAACAACAGAAUGUUACCUCUUGGCUGCCAUGGCAUACGAUCGCUAUGUGGCCAUCUGUAACCCACUGCUCUAUACCGUCAUUAUGUCUCGAAGGCUAUGUAUUUUGUUGGUCUUUGCUUCUUAUGUAGCUGGGUUUAUAAAUGCAUUAGUAAAUACAGGAUUUACCUUAACAGUGUCCUUUGGUGACUCUAAUGUAAUCAACCAUUUCUUCUGUGAUUGGCCACCAUUGAUUCAGUUGGCUUGCUCUGAUACCAGUCUCAACCAAAUCCUUGUUUUUGCUAUUGCUGGAUUUAACGAGGUUACCACCGCAGUGGUAGUUCUCAUCUCUUAUGCCUGCAUCUUCUCUACCAUCCUCAGAAUACGCUCCAAUGACAGCAAGCGUAAAGCUUUCUCCACCUGUACUUCUCAUCUGACCACUGUCAGUCUGUUCUAUGGGACCCUCCUCUUUAUGUACUUGAGACCCAGAUCCAGCUAUUCUAUGGAACAGGAUAAAAUAAUUGCUGCGGUCUACACAGUGUUGGUCCCUCUGGUGAAUCCCCUGACCUAUAGUCUCAGGAACAAGGAUGUGAAAGAAGCUUUUAUGAAAGGAAUGGGGAGGCUGAGGAUUACUUUAGCAAUCAUCUGCUAG